AUGGACUAUGCGCUGGCGCUGGAUUGCGAUCUGGAAGGUUUACACUGUGAAACCGGCCCCGGCGUUUGGGAAGGCGCAUUGAAAUCCAAGCUCGGUGUGGAAGCUGCGGAUCGCGCAAAUCUGUUUAAAACGUUCACCAAAGUUUAUCUGCAGAAGCGCGGAUUGAUGGGUACCUUCAUGGCCAAGUGGUCGAUGGAUUAUCCCGGCCAGAGUGGCCACUUCCAUUUCUCCGUGCAGGAUAAGCAGGGCAAUAACCCAUUUUAUGAUAGUCAUGGGGAAGCAGGUAUGUCUGCGUUGCAGUGCCAUGCCGUGGCUGGCCUGAAAAAGUAUCUGCCUGAACUGCUGGCCCUGAUUGCACCCACCAUCAACAGCUACACACGGCUGGUAAAAGGCGCCUGGGCGCCCACCGCUGCGACCUGGGGUGUGGAAAACCGCACCUCGGCUGUCCGUGUUAUUCCAGCUGGGCCAAAAGCCCAGCGGAUAGAGUGUCGGGUGGGUGGCGCAGAUGGUAAUCCCUACCUGGUGGCCAGUGCGGUGUUGGCUGCCGCGCUGCAGGGUAUAGAAGAGAAACUCGAACCUGGUGAACCGGUAACAGGUAAUGCCUACGAAAUGCAGGACAGUCUGCCAGCUGCCGCACAGUUCCCGAGUAACCUGCGCACCGCCGCGGAGAAUCUUGCCGCAUCAAAAAUUGCGGUUGAUCAUUUUGGUGAGGUGUUUGUUGAACACUUUGUGAUGAGUCGCUUGUGGGAAUGCGCGGAAUACGAUCGCAAUAUCAACAGCUGGCAGCUUGAUCUGAACGUGCGUAUUGGAAUCCUGCUUACCGACCAUGUGCGCACCCAGUUUGUUGCUCAACAUGGCGACUAUGGGGACAUGUUUACGCAGCUGCUCAAGGCGCAGGAUCCGGACCUGGAUCUCGUUAUUUAUGAUGUGCAGGUGGCCUGCCCCGAGGAGAUCACCUGUGAUGCCUAUCUGAUUACCGGUAGCAAAGACAGUGUCUACGACAACCUGCCAUGGAUAAAUGAGCUGGUUGCGUUUCUACGGCGUGUGUUGGCUGCAGAUAAAAAGGUUAUUGGCAUCUGUUUCGGCCAUCAGCUGAUGGCGCAUUUUUUUGGUGGUCGGGUUGCGCCAGGGCCCCAGGGUUGGGCGGUUGGUGUGCACACCAGCCAUAUCGAUAAAGUUGAGCCCUGGAUGGGCAACUUGACCCGGUCUGAGGUAUCUCUGCUGUCGAGUCAUAAAGACCAGGUAGUUGAACUGCCCGAAGAGGCUGAUGUUUUUCUGAGCAAUGAUUUCUGUCCUGUGGCGGGCUUCACCCUGGGCUCCCAGGUACUGAGCCUGCAGGGGCAUCCGGAAUUUGUCGCGGCGUACGCGUCAGAUCUGAUGGAUAUGCGGGCAGACAUCAUUGGCGACGCGGUCUAUCAGGCUGGCAAGCAGAGCCUGGAAAUACCCACCCAGACAGGCGAAGCGCCAACACGCUUUGGUCAGUUUCGGCGCCGGGCUGAAAAACUGGUGUCCAACCCGGAUCGUGUGCAGGCGCUGUUGAGCGAUGCUGAUCGCAAACAGGCCAAUGCCGGCGGGGAAAAAUUCCGCGAAAUGCGGGCACAGAUUGGGGUUGCCAUUGCGCUGAUAAAAGCCUGGGUUAGCGGUGAUUACCGACAAGUGUCGAACAAAACUAUAGUGAUCCUGGUGGCAGCCUUGUUGUAUUUUGUAAUGCCGCUGGACGUGGUGCCGGAUUUUCUGUUCGGCUUGGGUCUGCUUGAUGAUGCUGCCGUUCUGGUCUACGUCUUCUCGCAGUUGCAAACAGAGAUAGCAGCCUUCCAGGUCUGGCGGCAACAGCAGGUCGAUGAGCAACAAUCCGAGGAAGAACGGCUUGUUAAAUGGCAGAUGAGUGACUAUCUCGAUCUCAACAGUGAUCAGCGCAAAUUGUUAGAAACACAGAUUGAAGGAUUAAUGGCCUGGCAUCGGCGAGAACAUCUGCCUGAAUACGCAAUUCUGAUGGAGAGUCUGGCCACCCAAUGGAGUGACGGGGUUUCUGAGGCGCAGAUUCAGUCACUGUUUGAGCAGAUGUUUAUCUGGGGUGAAGAUAUUCAGGAACAGGGUAUGCCUGCUGCCAUUGUAAUGAUGCAGAGCUUAACGGAUGAGCAGGUGGCCGCGUUGCCAGAGCGUUUAGAGAAGAGUAAUCAGGAGAUCGCGCAGGAUGAACUGGACGUUGCGCUUGACCAGGUGCAGGACGCCUGGGCAGAAGAUUUUGCAGAUGGGUUGGAACGCUUUACCGGGCGGCUGCUUAAAACCCAGCGUGAGUAUCUGAGUCGGCGUGCAACGGCUUACCAACCGGAACGGGUGCUUUGGGCAGAAUACCGACGUCGUUUCCAGGCGGAUUUAAUGAAGUUGUUGAUGAAGCGGAACGAACCUGAGUUUGAUGCAGAAUUUCGACGCCUGGCGGCAGCCAGGGAAUCCUACUAUGGAGAGGAGUUCACCCGUGUGAGUGAUGAGAACAUUGCUCUGAGUCGCGAAGUUGCCUCGUAUGUAUUGUCGAACCUGACAGAAAAGCAAAGUGGAAGACUAAAAGAUGCUUUGUUGGAUCUGGCUCAGGAUUUUCAGGAGCUGGCGGCUAAAGCAGAGCCGGCGGAUGCCGCCUGA